GCCGAUUAGUUACACUCAGACUCAAUCGAUCUCGCUAUCUGCCUUCUCCGCUCCGUCUGCUAUCUGAAUCACUUCAAUCGCUCAAUUACUAUCUCAGGUUAAACGCAACAGCAACAUGCUUGUCCAACACAUUAAGAUGCGCUGGGGAACCGGCGAUAACUUCUGUUAUCUGGUCACCGACAACGCUACCAAGGAGACGCUGAUCAUCGACCCGGCCGAGCCAGCAGAGGUCCUGCCUACCAUUAAUGACCUCGUUGCUAAGGGCGAGAUUGUCGUCACUGGAAUCGUGAACACACAUCAUCAUUACGAUCACUCUGGUGGCAAUGACAAGCUGCGGAAAACUUUUCCUACCGUCCCCAUCAUCGCCGGUUUCAAUUCUCCCCAUGUGACCAAGACGCCUGCGAACAAGUCUACGUUCAAGCUCGGCAAGGACAUCACUGUCACGGCGCUGCACACUCCCUGCCACACUCAGGACUCAAUCUGCUACUUCUUUGAAGAAGGCGACGACCGGGCGGUCUUCACCGGCGACACGCUCUUCAUUUGCGGAUCGGGACGAUUCUUCGAGGGUACCCCGGCCGAGAUGGAUACCGCGCUGAACACUAUCCUUGGAUCGCUUCCUGACGAUACCAAAGUUUACCCCGGCCAUGAGUACACCGCGUCCAACGUCAAGUUCGCCAAGUCGGUGCUCAAGAACGAAGCGCUCGACAAGCUUGAGGCUUUCACGAAGGCUAACGAGGUUACCGCCGGAAAAUUCACCAUCGGCGACGAGAAGACCUACAACCCGUUCAUGAUGCUCACUGACCCUCAAAUCAUAAAAUCCACUGGAGAGACUGACAGAACUGCGGUCAUGAAGAAGCUACGUGAGUUGAAGAACAGCUUUUAAGUGUAUUGCGCACUCCACUAGGAGAUGAAUGUGUGGAUUAGCGUUCCAUAGCUCAAUUAAAUACUGUAUAGUCAAAUCAAAUCUGGUGAUAUAUCACAUCACAUAAUCGAGUAUGAACGGUCGUUACGAUCUGCUGUCUCUAAUUCUCAUCUAGAUCUGGCUUAUAAAAAGAGAGAAUGUCACUGGCUACAGAGCAGCCAGCUAGUCAUAAAUUACUUAACGCGCUG